CCAAACAUUACCUUAAUCAAAGCCACCUGAUCUAGUGAUCUUCCUAGUUAAUUCUCUCUUUCUCUCUCACUCGCCCAAAACCAGAAAUGUCUCACGAGGUACACGAUGAAGGUGGUACGCUGAUGCCGCCGAUGCCACCGAUGCCGAUGAGUACUCCACCGCCAACAAAGCCUACGGGCGACCUGAGCAACACAUCUGAUUAUUCCAUGAGCAUGAACAACAGCCUCUACUGGGGCAAAAACGUUACCAUACUCUUUUCCGGCUGGCCGGGGCAUGACCACCUCGGCAUGUACGUCUUGUCUCUCUCCUUCCUCUUCCUCCUCGCCGUCGCCGUCGAGAUUCUUUCCGUGGGGCCUACCCUGAAGCCGACCGCCACUCCUCUAGUCUCCGGGGUCACUCAGACGGGUAUUUAUGCACUGCGCACCGUUUUGGCUUACUUGGUCAUGCUAUCUGUCAUGUCCUUCAAUGUUGGAAUCCUCAUAGCCGUGGUGGCUGGCCAUGCCCUAGGUUUCUUUGUCGUCAAGGUUCGUGCGCUUAACCAGCUAACCAGCCAAGCCGACUCGACCGAUCCGCUCAAAGUGUGAUCGGAGAAUCAGUGUGUCUUCUUCUUAAUUAAGGGCUUGAGUUUUUAAUUUGGUAUGUUGUGGUUUGUUUGUUACCUUUUGUAUCAUAUUGCCGUGACUCGCCUGGUUUUGGUUGUUUCAUUUAUGUAAGCUUUUCCUGCCUGACUUUUCGUCGUUGUUGCUGUAGCUUUUUCUAUAAUCUGUGCGUGCUUGUUGUGCUGUAGUGUACUUUUAGCUAGUUUCUUGAGGCUAGCUAACUUAUAUUGUAUAAUUAAUUUGCAUAAUUUUAUUGAA